AUGCUCAUUUCGAAUCUACCCGUCCGGCCCGACGCGUCGACGCAAUGGAAGAAGUGGGCCGUCCCCACCCGGUCUCGGUCGCGCUCCCGCUCGAAGUCGACGAGCAGCAGCAGUGGGGGCAGCGAUGCGAGCCGGCGCUCAGCCGCUGGAGGAGGCGAGCGGACGCCCGUCGCUAAGAAAAAAUCGGUGCCCCAGGUGCCCGGCGGGACCACCACGUUUUUUGGCAACCUGACCGGAAUCAUGACUGGGGGCAUCGCGAAUCUGAAGGUGAAGAAGACGUCGGCCAAUCGAAAGGGGAGCAGCAACGAGAAUAGCGGCGGCAGGACCAAGUAUCACAAGCUCCCGAAGUCGCCAGGAGGCAAGAAGAGGUCGAAGAAUAAGGGCGAAGCCUCGCGGGAAGUUCGAGAAGGACAGACGGUGGUGCCUCGUGGUCCGGAUGGGCAGACCGUUGUUCCGCGAGGGCCUGACGGAAUGACUGUCACCCCUCGUGCACCGGAUGUGCCCAAGGAGCCUGUGAAGCUGAAAGACGAGAAUUCGGAUGACGGAGACGCUGGCAGCCAGGGUCAAGCCGAUUCGGACCAUGGGCCAACCGAAUUCGACGGGGACUUGGUACCAAUAUCUUACCUGCAGCAGCAUUUGCAGCCGAUGUUCGAAUUCAUCAAGACGACGAAGAAGGCAACACACACAGCCAAACACUUCAAGAAGGUCGCUGCCGAAUAUUUCAAGACACAAAAGGGAAUCGACGAUCCAGAAAAAUGGGGCAAAUGCAUGGAUCACUACUUGCGCAUUGCUCUUCGACACUCUAACAUAUCGAUCGGUCACUGUUGCGACGUCCUUCAUUACUACAUGCAAAAGGGUGACACCGUCCGCCAGUAUUCCGAUUGGCCAAAGCUACCGCUGAGUCUUGUGCGCACAUAUGCGAAGAACAAUGGGAUAAAGUUCGGCUUCGGCGCGUCUCUUAGUGAGGCUACUGCGGCCAUGAAUAACGAUUCGGCGGGUCGCGAUGCCGCAAAUUCAGAAGUACUUGCCGCCAAAGUGAAGUACGUCGAAGACGUGAAGGAGUUCCGUCGUCUUCACCACGACCUCAGCAAGGAACAAGUCGAAUUCAUCCAGAAGACAUUGUCAAAAUACGAAAAGGCCGACAAAGCGGAGGGACCAAAGGUCACACCGGUGAAGAAAAAGUCAUCCCCGAAGCCUAAGCCACUGUUUGAGACGCCAUUCGCCGCCUUUUGCCAUGGUUAUCGCGAACAGUAUCUCGAGUUGGAUGCUGAGAAGCGCAUCAAGAAGCUAUCGAAGAAAUUCAAGAAGCUGGGCGAUGCGGAGCUGGAAGUUUAUCAGCGACUAGCCGAA